AGAACUGGUGGAAAAGGUUGUUUACUGAAACUGCGAGGAAGUUAGACCUUAAAAUGCAGGACAAACACUGAACAUACUGACAUACCGGUUCUUUGAAGGGAAGUUUAGAACUCAUUGUAUCUAACAUUAUUCAGGCUUCAAAUAGUUUCCAAUCCACUGGGAAAAGUCACUCCAUAUAUUCCGUGAAGUCAACCAGUUCCAUCAAGGAGAGAGUCAGGGCCGCUGGGAGCGCGUGGACCGUGGGCUCUGGGGCGGCGCCUGCCCGGGCACCCCGGCCCCGUCCACGCCCCGCAAGAGGAGCUCGCUGGCCCCGCCACGAGGGAAAGGGGCCGCCCCGGGGUCUUGGGCGGGAGGGCCACGCGGGCUGCGGAGACACCGAGGAGGGGAGGCGCCUCUCCUGAGCUCUUGGCGCAGCGACCCCAGGGCGCCGACUCAUCGCGGAAGGGCUCGGCUUGCCCGGGCGCCGGUGCCGCCUCGGGUGAGGUUCCCGCGAGACUCUUCUCUGCGUCCUGGACUCACCGCAGGGCGCCCCGCCGCACGGAUCGAGAACCUUGGGGCUCCUUGGACGCCUGCCACCCGUUGCCGCCAAGGCCGGAACUCCUCGGAGCCCCUAGCAACGGAGCCCACGCGGUUGUGGCGCGGGGCUGACGUUACCUCGGGUUCGCCUACGGCCCUCGGGAAUUUUGUCCCGGCGUGGCUCCCGUAGCCAGAUGCCUCACCGCUCCCGCCCCCCUGGCUCCCAAAGCCUGCUCGGCAGUCGCGGCGCCGUCGCUAUCGCGUCACUGUCCUCGGGGCCAAUCCAAGGGCUGCGCGCGUGUCCCUUACGCGCUUCUAUCGCCGGGAGGAAGGGGUGUGUGUGGCGCCUGCGCAGUGGCGGUGACCACCGGCUCGCGGCGCGUGGAGGCUGCUCCCAGCCGCGCGCGAGUCAGACUCGGGUGGGGGUCCCGGCGGCGGUAGCGGCGGCGGCGGUGCGAGCAUGUCGUGGCUCUUCGGCAUUAACAAGGGCCCCAAGGGUGAAGGCGCGGGGCCGCCGCCGCCUUUGCCGCCCGCGCAGCCCGGGGCCGAGGGCGGCGGGGACCGCAGCUUGGGAGAGCGGCCGGCGCCCAAGGACAAAUGGAGCAACUUCGACCCCACCGGCCUGGAGCGCGCCGCCAAGGCGGCGCGCGAGCUGGAGCACUCGCGUUAUGCCAAGGAUGCCCUGAAUCUGGCGCAGAUGCAGGAGCAGACGCUGCAGUUGGAGCAACAGUCCAAGCUCAAAGAGUAUGAGGCCGCCGUGGAGCAGCUCAAGAGCGAGCAGAUCCGGGCGCAGGCGGAGGAGAGGAGGAAGACCCUGAGUGAGGAGACCCGGCAGCACCAGGCCAGGGCCCAGUAUCAAGACAAGCUGGCCCGGCAGCGCUACGAGGACCAACUGAAGCAACAGCAACUUCUCAAUGAGGAGAAUUUACGGAAGCAGGAGGAGUCCGUGCAGAAGCAGGAAGCCAUGCGGCGAGCCACCGUGGAGCGGGAGAUGGAGCUGCGGCACAAGAACGAGAUGCUGCGAGUGGAGGCCGAGGCCCGGGCGCGCGCCAAGGCCGAGCGGGAGAAUGCAGACAUCAUCCGCGAGCAGAUCCGCCUGAAGGCGGCCGAGCACCGUCAGACCGUCUUGGAGUCCAUCAGGACGGCUGGCACCUUGUUUGGGGAAGGAUUCCGUGCCUUUGUGACAGACUGGGACAAAGUGACAGCCACGGUGGCUGGGCUGACGCUGCUGGCUGUCGGGGUCUACUCAGCCAAGAAUGCCACGCUUGUCGCCGGCCGCUUCAUCGAAGCUCGGCUGGGGAAGCCGUCCUUAGUGAGGGAGACGUCCCGCAUCACGGUGCUGGAGGCGCUGCGGCACCCCAUCCAGGUCAGCCGGCGGCUCCUCAGUCGACCCCAGGACGCGCUGGAGGGUGUUGUGGUCAGUCCCAGCCUGGAAGCACGGGUGCGCGACAUCGCCAUAGCAACAAGGAACACCAAGAAGAACCGCAGCCUGUACAGGCACAUCCUGCUGUACGGGCCACCAGGCACCGGGAAGACGCUGUUUGCCAAGAAACUCGCCCUGCACUCAGGCAUGGACUACGCCAUCAUGACAGGCGGGGACGUGGCCCCCAUGGGGCGGGAAGGCGUGACCGCCAUGCACAAGCUCUUUGACUGGGCCAAUACCAGCCGGCGCGGCCUCCUGCUCUUCGUGGAUGAAGCGGACGCCUUCCUUCGGAAGCGAGCCACCGAGAAGAUAAGUGAGGACCUCAGAGCCACACUGAACGCCUUCCUGUACCGCACGGGCCAGCACAGCAACAAGUUCAUGCUGGUCCUGGCCAGCAACCAACCAGAGCAGUUCGACUGGGCCAUCAAUGACCGCAUCAAUGAGAUGGUCCACUUCGACCUGCCAGGGCAGGAGGAGCGGGAGCGCCUGGUGAGAAUGUAUUUUGACAAGUAUGUUCUUAAGCCGGCCACAGAAGGAAAGCAGCGCCUGAAGCUGGCCCAGUUUGACUACGGGAGGAAGUGCUCGGAGGUCGCUCGGCUGACGGAGGGCAUGUCGGGCCGGGAGAUCGCACAGCUGGCCGUGUCCUGGCAGGCCACGGCGUAUGCCUCCGAGGACGGGGUCCUGACCGAGGCCAUGAUGGACACCCGCGUGCAAGAUGCUGUCCAGCAGCACCAGCAGAAGAUGUGCUGGCUGAAGGCGGAAGGGCCUGGGCGUGGGGACGAGCCCUCCCCAUCCUGAGUCCACAGGGAGAUCCACACCUCACGGAGCCUGGCCGCAGACCCCUCCUACCCCUGCCUUACCGGCCCCUGCACAUUUAGGAUAUGCUCCUGGGUGGGGACUGGGCUGUGCCCAGGGCCUCUGUGCACCAGGAUGUCUUGUGGUGGGGGUCGGCCGUUCUGCCCCCCAGGGCACCCCCUGUUGUAGACACUGGCUAGGGAGGGGCAGGCCUCCUUCCUGCCCCUCGAGACACUCUUGGGAGAUGCAUUUUCAGUCUGGCUCAUGGGGAGGGUGAGGCUUUGCACCCCAGCCCCUGCCCAGGCCACUGGGAGGGUGGAUGCUGGCUGAGCCCCCGGGGCAGCAGGAGCCAGGCAGGUGAUGUCUUUGUUCUCGGCUCCCACAGCAGAGCCAGGUGAGGGUGCGCCUGCUAGGACCAGACCCAGGUGGGGCAGCCUGAACCCUGCUUCCCCCUGUGGCCGGCAUGCCCCGACCUUUCACACACUGGUGACCCUGAGAAACCCCAGGCUGUGGCCAGGAGGAGGGAACCUGGCGGGGUUGUCUGAGGCCACACUGUCAGCUGGCCGGUCCAAGCCUGUGGCUGGAGCUGGGGUCUGUUUACCUAAUAAAGUCCCACAGGUGCCUCA